AUGUACAUCUUAUCAGAUCAUGUGCCUGUCAUGUCUUUCGAAUCUUAUUCUUUACCCCUUGAACAAAAGAUCAAACAAAAAGAGUGCAAUAGGAAAGAAAAAGAAGCUAAAGCCAAAAAAAACAAUUGGAUAUUUGGAAUUUGUAUUGUAUUCUGUAUGGUUCGUCUGUUUGUUUCUUAUCCCUCCCCCCCCUUUUUUUUAUUGUUUACAUUUUAUAGAUUUGUUCUGUUUUCUUUUGUUUUCUUUUAUUUGAUUUCACGCUCGAGCUUGAGAAAGCAUAUCACCAUUGACGGUGUUUGGCUCCCCACCUUCCCCUUAAAAUUUUGUCAUACAAAGAGUUUUGUGAAGAAAGGAAAAAAAAGAAACAAGUACCCCUUAAACAAAAUGUUAUUAAAAAUAAUUUUGACGGCCUUACUAGCUCGUAAAGGCCCAUCCAGCUUCUUAUUUGUUUGUAGUUUUUUUAGACACGGAACCUAA